CGGCAGUGUCAUUGCGGUCCCCGCGCCUGCAGCAGCGCACGAUGGACUAGUGGAGGGUGCAGCAUUUUCCCAUUUAUUUUGUAGUGCCCUAGGAAUGUCAAAGGGUGGGUAGUAUGAGUGUGUUCCACCAGUGAUGAGCCAGACCCCCCUGCGGAGUAGCGAGGGCCCCUCCCACACCUCUGCCCCUGGUGCUGCCUCCACCGCUGACCCCCCUGUGGUGUACAAGUGCAUCUUCCCCAGCUGUGAUGCCUGCUUCCUGGAUAAGGAGGCCGUCCUUACCCACAUCUCACUGCAGCAUCUGUCUGGCUGUGCACAGUGCAAUACAAGCUGCUGCACCAGUUGCAGUACCCUGCCCCCUACGGUCCACUUUGGUAGCUCCCGCUAUCCCCUGCCCCCGUCCACUUGGCACGAGAUGACCCAGCAACACCCCGGCCCCAGUCUCCCCAGCAAUGCCGUCCCCUGCUCUCUGUGUUCUCCUAGUUUGGAUUACCCCUGUGCUGCACUUGGGCAGAGGUGUUCUCAUUCCCACAUGACUUAUCCUCCAACCUCCCACUACCAGCCAAGUCUACCCGUGCCGACACCGCCGCCAAACAUUCCAUAUCACCCACACCCCGGCCUAGUCCACACUGACCCAGCUUUCCACGUGGGAAGUCCCAGUCAUAGCUACUUGCCCCAUGUACCAGGGCAGGAGGGCUUGGCAUGGCUUCACAACCUGGGGAACACGCCUUGUGCUCACUGUGCUAUACCACAACCAGCACCGUCAGUAUCGUCUGUUCAGGAACAGCUGCUGCAAGUUCUACAGCGCUCCACGACAGCGUCGCACCUCCAGACGUCACCGCAACGCAGGCCCAGAAACCAGCACCAGAGUCCCUCUCGGUGUUUGCACCACAAUUACACAACUUCAGGGGGCAGCACAGGUACAGAUGGUGGGAGAGGAACCCUCCCUUUUGUCCAGCCUCCCAUGCCACAUUUUGGAAAGCAGACACCAAGUGUAGAAAGUAGCUCAGAAAAUGCCACUGUUGUUACAACUCCCCCUGUCCACAGUCAACAACCAGCAGAAGAAGUUCCCCAGCUGCCCGACUCUGCGUCGCCCCCCUCCCAGCCUGACACCCUGCCUCCUAUCGGAGUGUUCUGGGACAUCGAGAACUGCCAGGUCCCCAGCGGGAAGACAGCCAUGGGCAUCGUGCAGAAGAUACGCACCGAGUUCUUCGCCGGACACAAGGAGGCUGAGUUCAUGUGUGUGUGUGACAUCAGUAAGGAGAGCAGGGAGGUCAUACAGGAGUUAAACAAUGCACAGGUGACAGUAGUACACAUCAAUGCCACAGCCAAGAACGCAGCUGAUGACAAGUUGAGACAGAGCAUUCGCAGGUUUGCAGACACCUACACCAAGCCUGCCACUGUUGUCCUGGUCUCAGGGGAUGUAAAUUUCGCCUCUGAGUUGUCGGACCUCCGACACCGUCACAAGUUCCGUAUCGUCCUGCUGCACACACGGCACGCACAGGAGGCGCUGCUGCACCACGCACACCACGCCGUCUGCUACGACGACUUUGUCCGAGAUCUCCCUUUCAGAUCACCCAGUAAGGCAGCUAUGGAACUAACAGACCUGCUGGUCAGCCACUUGCCCAUUGGUCGAGACAGCAACCAGAUUCGCAACCGGCUGAAGCAGCUGUCGGAUAACUGUGGCGGACGGGUCCUCCACGUGUCCGGGACAUCGGCGCUCAUUCGCUUUCCGAACACAGAGAGUGCCAACAGGGCUAAGAAGAGGAUGGAGAAAGAGGAUGUCUUUGGCAGUAAGAUUACAGUAGCGCUGGCACCCAAACAGAAAGAAGAGAACAAGUCCCCCACACGUAGAGCGCGCCACAGAAGUAACAGUAGAGGGAACGAACCAUCUCCACCUGUGGGCAAAAUGGAAAAGACGGAAAGCAGAAGUGAUUCUGAGCAUUCCACAACCAGCGACCCUGAAAAGUACAGCCACCACCAGACACCCAGCUUCUUAAAACAGCUGCCCAGACAUCAUCCACAACCGCCGGACACCAGACAGCUCCAUGGCAGGCCAGGAGGACUGGACAGACUCAACCACUCUGACGGCGGUCCCAGGAGUGAGGGAAGGAGAGAGGGAGAGGGAGGGGAGCCAGCAGGGGCGUACACAGAUGUACUGCCUUCAUGGCUGCAGGACAGAAGCCUGGAGUAUUUCAGACCCAGACAGGAGGCAACAUCACACUUCAACAGGAAUGCCAAGUUCAGGAGGUCUGUUGGUCCAAGAUUUGAUCACAGGACCCAGGACCUGCCGCUGCCCCUUCCACCAAGGCCUCGCAGUGCCUCUCCAGUCUACCCCAUGCUGUACAGCGCACCCCUGCCCAGAGCAGCAUCCCCACAACCCCAAUCACACCCUUUCACGGAGAUGUUCUACCCACAAGGGGUUGACCUGGAGGUCAGGAACCUUGACCCCACCCUGGGUCACCAGGAGAUGAGGCAGACAUUACUGUCUAUCUUCAGGGAACAUUGUAAGGUGCUAAAGCUUGACAUGCUGGCUCCACAUGAAGGUGUGUGGAAAGCUAUGGUCAAGGUCCCCAAGAUGACUGAUGCCACACUUGCCAUUUCCCAGGUACAUAGACGUAAAGUUGGUAGCAAGAGAAUACAUGUGAUGCUGGGAGGUCGAAGGUCACCUGCCCUGCAGUACUUGAGGUCAGAGGUGACGGCCAUCUUGAACGAGGCUCCCGGAGGCUGCCUGCCGCUCUUCAAGUUCACUGAGAUCUACGAGAAGAGGUACAACAGGCAGGUCCACCUGUCAGACCUGCACAAGCUGACAGACGUGGUUCAGGUGAAGGACCAGGGCUCUGCAGGGCGGGUGGUGUGCCUGACUUGUGUCCCCCUGUACCCCCCCGGCACACACCCCAGACUCACCCCCUCCCCUGCAGCCAGCAGCUCCACCACCACGGCCACCACUCUGUCCAGCGGCAGUCCUGUAGUGGUGGAGGAGGAGGAGGAAGAAGAACCCUUCUGCAAGAUCCACUGUACACAGGACUUCCUAAGUACCAGGGAGGUGGACCAUGAAAACUGCAUGUUGCCCGACAUCGUCCUGUCCCUGAAGGCGUUUGCUGCCCAGGUCCACACCCUGCUGCAGACCCACGACGGCAGGCUGCCACUUCUCAGCUUCCAGACCUGCUACAACAGCGAGAUCGGCACCCUGCCCGUGGACGAGGGUGGGAGGGGGGUGCCUGUGGAACACCUGAUCAGCUGUGUGCCGGGAGUGAACAUCUCACACAGUCAGAGUGGCAACAAGACUGUCAAGUGGGCUCAGAACAGGCCUCCGCUUCCUCUGGCUGAUGCCUGUUGGCCGAAGCUGCGUCCCCCCAGCCCUGCAGCCUCCCCCCAGCUGAUCCAGUUCAGUCGAGACGUGGUUGACCUGCUGAAGACCGUGUCGUGCUGCAGACUGCCCUUCUCCCGGUUCAUCCCCACCUACCAUCACCACUUCGGCAGGCAGUGUAAGGUGGCAGACUACGGCUUCACCAAGCUGGUCGAGCUGUUUGAAGCUGUUCCACAUGUGCUACAGAUCCUGGGCUAUGGCUCUGCCCGUGUGCUGACCCUGACCCAUCGCGCUCAGGUCAAACGUUUCACCCAGGACGUCCUGCGUCUGCUCAAGUCCCUGCCCAACAAGGAGGUGACGGAGGCGGAGUUUCCCGCGGCGUUCCACGGCUGUCACGAGAAGACGUGGGACGUCAGGGACUACGGCGUGUGUGAGGUCCAGGAUCUGCUCUGUGAGCUGCCGGAAAACACUGUGGAGAUAAACAACACAGAAGACAACACUGUCAUAUCACUGCCUAGGAGAGAACAAACCCCAGAGGAAGUGGAGCGUACCAAGCGGUUUGCGAGGGAGGUGGUGGAGCUGCUGCGUCGCCAGCCCCACUGCCGCAUGCCCUUCAACAAGUUCAUCCCAGCCUACCACCACCACUUCAGCCGGCAGUGUCGCCUGUCUGACUACGGCUUCAGCAAACUCAUCGACCUGUUUGAGGCAGUGCCACAGGUGGUACAGGUACUUGAGGGUGGUGAGGAGAGAAACUUGGUCCUGGCUGAAGGGGAGAGAAUCAAGGUGCUGAGUUACCAGCUGGUGAAACUGCUGCGAGCGCAGAAGGACCAGAGACUGCAGCUGGGCAUGCUCAUCCCGACCUACGCGCGCAUGUACGGCUACACACUACGGCUACAGGACUACGACGCUAGCUCCAUCAGACAACUCCUGGAGAAAGUCACACAUGUCGUCAGGGUGGAGGCAGGUGUGCGUGGUGCGCAGGUGGUGCUGAUCGACCGCAGACACCUGAAGCACCUGUCCCAGCUGGUGCUGGCACUGCUGAUGGACACAGCUGACGGAACUGUUCCACUCAAGGACUUUCCACAGGUGUUUGUCCAGCGUUACCGGUACCCGUGUGACCCGAGGGAGUAUGGGUACCAGUGUCUGGCAGAUCUACUCAAGGCCAUGCACCAAACUGCACAGCUGAAGAAUGAAGGCAGUGAGGACUGUGAGUGUGAGGUGGUGCUGACACCGCUGUACCACUUCGCACGUGACAUCAGGGUCAUGCUGCUAGCCCGCCACUGUAGCGUCCCCCUGGCCACCUUCAGCAAUGCCUUCCAGGAACACUUCAGACGCCCGUGUAGGCCCCAGCAGUUCGGCUUCUACAACAUCCCAGCCCUGCUGGCAGCCAUCCCACAGGUGGUGAAUGUCAAAGGUAGAGGCAACAGGAAGGUGGUGGUACUGAGGCAUGAUAUGAGAGCUGGAGCCCAGAGUUACCAUCAUGGUACAGGAGUACGUGGCAGUAGUUCAGGCACCACUUCACCAUCCAGUGUGGACAGCAGCAGUAGGGAGUCGUCCAAUCGUGGCUCUCCUACCUGUCUGACUGGGUUAGAACAGGGGCUGCCCGGUGCACAUUCUCCCGAGUGCCUGCCAGAAUCUGCAGAGAUGCCUGCUGUCGGGGUGGCUGAGUGCCCGAAUGCUGACGACACCCGCUCUUCCAGUGGUGUGUCUAGUGCUGGGGCACAAGAGACCGAACAAGGCCAUCCCAGUGAGGACACAGCUGUUCCAGACCUGCUAGUUAAGGGCAGUGGCCAGGAUGGUGUUGGGGAUAGUCAGGAAGUCAGAGACCUGAUGUCCAGAUCACCCUCCCCAGUUGACCUGUUGAGUGCACCCAUCCCACCGUCCCUGCCGUCCCCGGUCAUCUGGCCUGACCCAGUGACCGCUGCCGACACGAGUGACCUCAUCAAGUUCACAGAUUCACCGCCGCCAACCGCUGGCAAUGCGCAAGACGUAAAGAAACUAGGCAAGCUUGUUGCAGACUGUACCGAGUCAAGAGAAGACGCCGAGGGGGGAGUUGGAGAUGUCAAGAAGAUGGGCAAAGGACAGACGAAGGAGCAAAGGAGCGAGGGAAGGAAAGACGGAGGAGGACUGACGCGAGGAAGUGUGGUGAGGAGAAGUGUGAAGCUGGCAGCAGCCUUCUCAGAACCCCUGAAGACUUCACAGUAGGAGGAGGAACGGGUUGAGAGAGAGAGAGAGAUCCAGCUUUUGGGCUGGAUGCUGAGGACAAGAAGGUUUAGGAAUGGACAAUGAAUGGAUCGGUACGAAGACAGAUAGAUGUGCUUGUCAAUGUGUGCAACAAAAACAAGAAGUCUGGGGGCUAUAUAGUUACAAACUUCUUAACACUGUUCAGUUAUUGUACUCUACUAACUGUUUCUUUGUAAGUUUAUAGAACAUAUUUCUUUAGCUUAAAUACAUGUCAGUCAUGUAGCUUGUAUGUUUAAGUUAAUGCCGAUAUUGGAACUAUGUUGUUAUUUACUUUCAUAUUUCAUAUUACUGAAGCAUCAUACAGUAGUUUCUGCUUAAGAUAUAAGAGAAUGGCGCUGUUGUUUCAGGUAAGAUAUUGUCACAAUGUUCUAAAGCAAUGCAGUGCAAAUAUUUGUGAGUCACAAAAGACAUUUCUGGUCAACACGUCAAAGGCAUUUUCCGACUUUCCUUUCUAUGAAUGUUAACUUCCAAAUUACACCUGAUUUCAUGCACUUCAAUUCUUCAGAAAUGAAAGAUAUUUUGUUUUUGACCCCGAAACAGUGGAAAAUAAAGAACUCGGAUGGUAUGUGGUACAUUAAAUUGAAAAGAAAAAUAUUUGAGUAACAAAAAAAAGUGGUUGCUUUUCAACUCAAGCUUACAUAGGGCUUUAGGUUACAUUGUGUUUUGUUGUCUUGUUUUGUUUUGUUUUGUGGAGAGAUUCGAUAUUGUUUUCCUUCCUGUUUGUGUUUAUGAUAGGAUGUCUCGGCUAAAGCAAUGUCAGAACAACAUCUCUGUUUAUAGUUUGUUAUAUUUUCUAUAAGAAAAAUCUAAAUCAAAGAGAGCUGGUGCAUGACAUUUUCUAAAUCAUCAGCACCAAUGCCUUGUCUUUGAAUUCAUGAGAACUGUCUCUUGUGGCACUCGGUUUGCACAUCUUGUUGCCACUUGUUACAAGAAAAAAAUGUGAGAAAGAUUACUUUGUGCAAAUCAGUUCUUUCACAUUUCUAUUUGCAAUUCAGUUUUGCAUCGCCUUUGCAUCUAUUGUAUGUUGUGCAGACAGUUGCUUUCUUCUAUAUGUUGCAGUGUUAUUUACAGACUUGCACUUCUGACAUGCAUCCUAUUUCCAUUGCAAUGUCAUAUGCAAAGAGUACGUUGCGGAUUUUAGCGAGAAAGGCAAUGUUGCAGUUUUAACUACAUUAAGUGCAAUCAUUUAUGUUUUGUUGAUGUUGCUGUAUCAUUUUAUGUGUCAGAUUAAUGCUCUUAAAGUUGCUUAAAAGCCACAACUACUGUACAAUAUACGGGUAUAAGUUGCUACAAACCUUGCUCUUAACUAGGGUACAUGCCAUCGUUAGUAAAGUUAUGGCUAGAAAUGCUGUCACAGGUUUUGGUGGGAGACUAGACUUGGGCUGAGACCUGUUUAUUUUAUCUCGCUGGUAUGGCCAGGCUUUCGCCUCACUGCCUCGGAUAGCGAGUUUUUCUUCCGUAUGUCCUCUGGGACAUAGUCUCCUUAUAUUUGCGUCCCGAAGUGUAACUCCCAUCUUAGUUUGUGACAUGCUAAGUACCUUGCCUUGGCUUGGUUGUUGGGACUUGCCCCAUGCCUACACACAUGUACGUUUUGGCAUAUCACAUCAGCACAGUAUGGCUGAUGUCUUCAGGGCCCCAACACACACCUACUAUCCUCCCUGCUUGUCCCACAUACUGUCAAAUAGGGCUGUAAGGGACAUGUUCAUGUUCUUUUUCUCGAGAAAAGGAGGAUUUCUUUUCAAGACCAAGUCCACGUGGCAAGGUUAUGCAAAAUGAUGUCUGGAUUAGGAAUAUAUGUUGGAAGAGAUGGCUGUCCUAGUUAACUGCACUGCUAUUUAGUUAAGGAAAUAUCAUUUGUUCAGAAAAUUCCCAUCGCAUUAUGUUUGUGCAUCUAUGUUAGUAGUAGCAAACCAUUGCCCACAUUUUGGGGAAGUAUCAUGUUUUGUUCAAGUUGGUAUCAGACACAAAUCAUUAAUUAAGUUCUGAAGCAAAAAUAAAUAUGUACUUCUGUGUAUUGAUACUAUUCAGAGUAUAACAGAAUGCAUGUUAGGCACUUGAGAUUACAAAAAACCAUGUGCACCUUUGUUAAACCAUCAAAGAAAAAUUCAAUUUGAAAAAAAAAGACAUCAGUGUCUGAAAAAGAAAGAAUUGAGUGCAUCAAGCCAGACCCACAAACUGAAGAGAGUAAUAAAAAAAGUAUAAGACAGCCAUCAAGUAAUACAUGUAAUGAAUAUGCUUCAACGUCAAAAGAUGCUGACUGAAGUUUUAUUCUUUUAUCAUUAUUCAUUUCAUUACUUUUCUAUAGCAUCAUUAUGAGAAAAAGACGAGCAAUUGUGUACAAUGUCUUCAAUCAUGAAACAAGCCAGUACAAUAACCUUUGCUUCAAGUGACACUACUUACAUUGCUGUAUCUUAUCCUAAUUUUUUGUUAUAAAAACAAGCUACUCACACAUUUAUUCAUUGACAUGUUUAACAAAGCCAGUAUUCAGAUGUAUUAUCUCUUUACCAUACCAGUACAAAUUAUGGUAACUUACAAACCUCAUGACAUCAGUACAUAAUAACAAUAAAGCCUCCAGACCCUAACUGCAA